ACCUUCCUUUCACUCCCAUUUUCUGUUUCUCAAAUUUCCUCCGUUCCAAUUCCCCUUUCGAUCAAAUUUUCAAUUUUCCCUUCUUUUUCUUCGCCAUAUGAAAUAACACAAGAGAUUUGAAAGAAAAGGCGAUCGAUUUGUGUGAGGUUAUAAUACUAAUAUGGCGAAGAACAGAGAGGAGGAAGAACACAGUAAGGUGGUGGCAUUAACGGAGGAGGAAGAGGAAGAAUUGGAGGAACAAUUAGGUUCUAGUUUGACGCUCGAACGUGUCGCCGCCGCGAAAAAAUUGAUCGAAGAUCAUUAUAAAUCGCACAUGAAACUCAUCCAGGAUCGCAAACAAAGGCGUUUACUGCUAGAAAGGAAAUUGGAAAGCUCUGGUGUACCAAAGGAGGAACAAAUGAACUUUCUAAAGGAAUUGGAGAGAAAAGAGACAGAGUAUAUCCGGCUAAAGCGUCAUAAGAUUUCUGUUGAUGAUUUUGAGCUUUUGACGAUCAUUGGAAGAGGAGCUUUUGGAGAGGUUUGAGAUUCGUAUAUAUCUUUAGGUUGAAAAAUAUUUCAUUCUCCGGGGAUUAUGUUUUCCCGCUAAGUUUUGUUAUAUGGGCUGUUCAACUUUUGAAGACUGAAUUAUAACUUCAUAUGCUUAACCAGAAGGAGCAUGUUUAAUGAUUUCUUCGAUUUUCAUGCAAAA